AUGACUGAAAAAGACCUAAAUUCAUUAUCACCAACAAGAAACUCCAACUUGACCACCAUUCCUCCAACUAUGGAAGCCAUCUUUUACGAAGAAUACGGAGGACUCAACGUUCUACAAUAUAGUAAUAGAUUUAAAACUCCACAAUUCGAGUCGAAAAAACCAAAACAAGAACAAGUGUUGGUCCGAGUCAUGUACACGAGUAUUAAUCCUUUGGACUUUAAAAUUCGGAAUGGCUUCUUUAGACAUAUCUUUGUGGGAAAAACUACAUUUCCAAUCAUCCCGAGUUCGGAUAUGAGUGGAAUUGUGGUUCAGACCAGUGGUGAUGAUAGUAAAUUUAAGGUCGGAGAUGAAGUUUUUGGAAUUAAUGGUUACGGAGGAUGUUUGGCUGAGUUUAAUCUUGUGAACGCAAAUUCAUUGGCUCUAAAACCUAAAGAGCUCUCGCAUGCAGAGGCUUGUACUAUUCCUAUGGUGGGAUUAACGGCCCAUCAAAGUUUAGUAGAAAUUGGAAAGGUUAAAGAGAAUUCGUCAGUAUUGAUUUUGGGAGCUUCUGGAAAUGUUGGGAAUUAUUGCUUGCAAUAUGCAAAGAAUGUAUUAGGAGCGGAGGUCUAUGCUGGAUGUACAACGGAGAAGGGAGUUCAAUUGGUGAAAGAGUUGAAACCUGAAAAGACAUUUCUCUUGUAUGAUCGUACGAGGAGCAUAAAGAGUGGAAAAGAAACAAAUACAAGUGAGGAUAUUUCUGACCCAUCUCAUCGCUCGGAACAACAACAAUCCAAUGAACACACAACUAUAUCAACGGGUGACACAACAGUUCUUGAAAAUGCUGACGAAGAAGACAUGCCUUUUGAAUAUAGUGUGCCAAAUGUGGAUGUUAUUAUUGAUUGCAUUGGCGACCAACAGUUACGAAAACGAACAUGGAAAUUAUUGAAAUCUAGAAAGGCCAAGUAUAUUCAGAUUGGAGUUGCCAACCAAGAAAUUUCAUUGUGGAAUAUGUUGACGCUAGGUGCAUUCGUUUCAUGGAGAAAAGUCAUUUCUACGAUAGGUCUAGGACCUGAAUUUGUCUUUUUCAGAGUCAAUUCAAACAAUCAGACAGAAAAUUUAGAGAAAUUGGCUUCGUAUCAUGUGAGUGGAAAAAUUAAGCCAAAUAUUGCCACCUCUUUCGAUGAAAUGAAUUUGGAAAAUGUCAAAACUGCUUACUCUAUAUCUGAGUCAAGAGGCACCCGAGGAAAGAUACUGAUACAAGUGAGCAAAUGGUUGCCCCAAUACGACCAAUCACGAAAAUACCUCAUGAGAUUUAACAAACCAGCCAUGUAUAAAUUUGUGAGUCAGUAA